UUCAGAUUGCUUCAAUUAUAGCAUCGUACAUAACCAUAGUAUCACUAAAUGAGAUGCAGAAGAUUCAUCAUGCAAAUAUUCUGGACAUAGCACUAGAGAUGAUAGUAAUCACAGUACGAGUAGUUCAAGUGAUAUUCAGUAUGAUAUUGAUUGUUGCAACAUACAAGGGUCGUUCGAAAUACGUGUGUCCAUGGUUGGUGUUAUCACUGUUGAUGGUGAUCGUUGAAUCGAUCUACCUUCUAAUGAUGGGUUUGGAACUGAUAACGGGAACGCUUAACAAGCAGAUAUUCUCACUAAGCACGCAUAUCUCGAUCACGAUCUACUUUAUUCUGGUAGUGUUCAGUCAUUAUCGAGAGAUGCGACUCAUCGAAUCGGGAGCCCUGGAUUCAACUACUGCAGUCAACUACGAUAGCAACAAAACGAAACAACCCGAUCCUUGAAAUUGAUUAUAACAGAAAAAAACGUCCAAUCCAAUCAUCAAUAUUAUCAUUGUAUAUCAUGUACAUCGAAUCAAGAAAUGUAGAAUAUUCUAGAUUUCUUGCAUUAAAUAAAUUAAUAAUAUUAUU